AUGCCCACUGGGACUGGAACCGACUUGGUGCGAAGAAUGACAAAAAUCAUUGAUGAUGCUGACUAUGAUCCUGGCGAAACUUUUGAGAGUGUACCAAGUACACUGUCUGAUGCUGGGAAUCUUGACAACUACUAUGGCAGACGACUUCGGAAU